UUGCCGUUUGAAAAAGGUAUUUCAGCUUCAUACGGGAAUGUGAAUGUUAACCUUACUCCUAAGGAAGCACACGAUUCCGAACCACCACCAGAAGAGGACGUUGGUAUGAUAAGCAAUCCAGUCCCUAAUCGCGAAGAAUUUUCAAGAGUGUAUUUCCGUCGAAAUAAUAAUCGUGGCGAAAGUACCGCUCAAUUCACCGAAGAGGACGGAUCAUUGACACUUGCCGCGAAGCCGAAGCUGUCGUUCCCUGACGAUGGUACGAAGGCAAUUUCCACAAAAGAAGGCGUCCUGGUAGUGAAUGUGCAUCAAGCCGAGCCACCUAAACAUAUCGGUCCUCAAACUGUGGAAUCUCAUGAAAAAGCAUUCGAGCACGCAAUGAAAAAUACGAACGAAUACAAGGCAAAAAUGGUCGAAGUGAAAACUGGCGAUACCGCUCGCGAGGCAUUGAAUAGCCUCCUGCGAGCUGGACAGGUGAUAAACUAA